AUGGGAUUGGACGCUGGUAAGAGUUACGAGACCAGUAUCGCAUUGAGGCACCCGCACCUUGUUGGAACCGACGCGGCCCUCCUUGUGCGCCAGGCCAAGGGGAAGGACGAGAUGUCGGACCUAUUAUCCCAAAGAGAAACACCCUACAUACGCGAAGGGGGGAGAGCUCGUAGCCGUGAAAGCGAUCAACGUCAGGUACGCAUGCCUCGUUCUCUGAGAUGCCUAAAUCUGGGGCGUAUCAUACAUGGCAUACGAUAG